AUUGUCUAUUGUUCUCAAAACAGUAAACCACUCUUUCACUUAAGAGACAGUCCGGCUGCACUUUUAUGCCCAAAUCUCGGGCUUCUCAUGAAGAUGAAGUGAAGGGCUCAGACUCAGAAAGUGGCUCCCAGCAGAGCAAAUGGGGUCUCGGAAGUGUGGAGGCUGCUUAAGCGCUCUGCUGAUUCCGCUUGCACUUUGGAGUAUAGUUGUCAACAUAUUAUUGUAUUUCCCAAAUGGGCAAGCUUCCUAUGCGUCCAGCAAUAAGCUCACCAACUACGUGUGGUACUUCGAAGGAAUCUGUUUCUCAGGUGUCAUGAUGCUUAUAGUAGCAACUGUUCUUCUUGUACUGGAGAGUGAAAAGAACUAUAAAUGUUGCCAUAGUGAAAACUGCAACAAACAGUAUAUGACAAUACUGUCAAUUAUCUUUUCUGCCCUUGGAAUUGCUUUCUCUGGAUACUGCCUGGUAAUAUCUGCUUUGGGCCUGGUUCAGGGCCCAUACUGCCGCACCCUCAACGGCUGGGAAUAUGCUUUUGAAGACACCUCAGGACGUUUCCUUGCUGAUUCUAGCACAUGGAUUCAGUGCCUGGAACCCUCACAUGUAGUGGAGUGGAACAUCAUUUUAUUUUCUAUUCUCAUAACCCUCAGUGGGCUUCAAGUGGUCGUCUGCCUCCUCAGAGUAGUCAUUCAGCUGUCCAGGAUGCUGUGUGGAACCUACUCGGUCAUCAUCCAGCCUGGAAUCAUUUGAAUAAGGACAGGAAUGUUAAGCAAUAU